GUUAUGAUGACGAUGAACGCUAGACACACUCGCGUUUUAACUCGGAACAAGAUCAGACGUGUUUGGGCGUUCGUGUACGUUCAUCAUUUUUAAUUGGUGAAUAUUUUUUUUUUAUUAUUUGUAUACCUCCAUUAAUAACAAUUCAUUGAUUCAUUGAUAAUCAUCAUGGAUUAAGUGAUUUAGGAAUCAUUAAUUUUAGCUAUGAUUCUUGAACAUCAAAACAUUAUUUUUCAAUUAGUAUAUUUAUUAAUAAUCAAAUGAUAAAUUAUCAUUGACAUUCAACUAAUGCUGCUAAUUGUUAAAUUCGAUUAUUUUAAAAGUAUUCCAAUCGUUAAGUAAUUCAUUAAUAGACUAACAUUUGUGCAAAUAGUUUAUCACAGUUUCAAUCAAAUUAAAAACGAGGAGAAAAUUUUUUCUUAUCAUAAUUUUAUAAAUUGUGAAAUUUACACUUAUACUUGGAAAAAAUACGUGUUCUAUCAAGCGGAAGUGGUUACUGAUGAUAUUCCAUUUCGUUCUCCAGGACAUAGUGGCUGAUGGAUGCGGUAAGAACUUGUAAAUAUUACGAACAUUUGAAAGGAGACGCCAAGAGAAGGAAGGAAAAGCGUAAGCUAAUUCGAGUGUUGGAAAAGAGAUAAGAAAUUCUCUGACUCUCUAGUGCGCGCACAUAUCGCAAAAGGGAACACCAGACGGGGAUAGUUGAUGAGUGCAUGGGGCAAGUUUGUCAGUCCCUGAAGAGCAACCAGUUUCGGAACUGAACUCUAUCUGGUUGUUAGCCAUUUAAUUACUAUUAUUAUCCUCAUCCUAAAUGGAAUAAACAUCAACAACAAUUGUUUGUGAGUGCAAAAUUGAAAAUUCAGCUUGCGUCAAUAAAACUAUUUUCAAAGACUUUGAUUGAGUUUAAAAGCACGUACGAAUGAGAAUUCAAGCUCAUAAAUAUCUCAUCGAUAGUAUAUUUUUAAGUAUUUUGCUUUAUACUUAUUAUGGUCACAAAAGAAACUAAAAGUUACAAUUAAAAAACUCACUUCUGUUGAAAUGGCAUAAUUCGAUGAAUAAUUUAUUCCUUACAUUUUGCCUUGCAAUGUAAAAAAGGCUGAGUAAAGUUGAUAAAUAGCAAGAAAAAUUGUAAACUUAUGAGUGUACAUUUGCCUAUCCUGCAGUGACUCAUCAAUCACCAUAGACACGUGCUCAAACGUAACUGUCAAUAUCUCAAGAGUGAUCUUUUGAUUGCACAGAAUGUUAAGAAACUGAACUUAAAAAAUUACUAGUCAAGUGUAUUGAACUUUAACCAGUGAAAACAAAAAAUUCUAAAUAAAUUUUCAAAAAUGAAUGCAUCUGAGCAUCCUUAUCCAAGACCUGUAACAAUUAUCGCAGCAGUAUGUGCAAUUCUCUUUAGUGUCGUUGGUAUCCUUGGCAAUGCAGUGACAGUAAUUGCAUUAUUGAAAUACACUAGACUACGAAGACACGCAACUACAGCAUUUGUUAUAAGUCUUAGUGUCUCAGACUUGAUUUUCUCAGCUGUGAACCUGCCACUCACAGCUAGCAGAUAUCUAAAUGAAGCAUGGGUUCUAGGAGAAACACUCUGUCAAGUAUUUCCAUUUUUUUUCUACGGUAAUGUUGCUGUAUCCCUUCUCAGUAUGGUCGCCAUAACCAUCAACAGGUAUGUCCUCAUAUCUCAAUCAGAUAUUUAUGCAAGACUUUAUACAACCCGAGGAAUAGUAAUAAUGCUCGUCGUGAUUUGGGUAUUUAGUUUCUCACUACUACUUCCUCCCCUCACAGGAAUAUGGGGAACACUUGGACUGGAAGCUAAAACAUUCUCAUGUACAAUUUUGCCUAAAGAUGGUAAAAGUCCUAAAAAAAUGUUAUUUGUGAUUGGCUUCAUUAUUCCUUGCGUUGUAAUAAUUGUCUCUUACCUCUGUAUCUACUGGAAAGUUCGUAAGAGUCGUAAGAAUCUGGAAGCACACAUGGGCAUGCGAAAAAAUAUCGGCUUUCAACGCCGGGAAGAUUCCAGGGUCACGAAACUUAUGCUUACCAUAUUUUUAUGUUUUUUGCUCUGCUUUUUACCCCUUAUGUUAGUGAACGUGAUUGAUGACAAGGUUAAUGUACCAAUUCUACAUGUGGUUGCAUCUAUUUUAGCGUGGGCAUCUUCAGUUAUUAAUCCGUUCAUUUAUGCUGGCACUAACAAGCUCUAUAGAGAAGCUUACAGACAGGUAUUGUGCCCGAUAACAAGCAGUAAAAGCAACGUUCCUGGUGUAAAACCCACGUGUUCGCAUUCAAGCAAAGUUUCAUCACCGCAAAUCACAUGAAUUCACUUUCUCUCAAUAUUUUAAGUUGAUCGAAAUGAUAGAGAUAAUACUAAAAAUUAUAGUAAAUUAAAAUCAUUCUUAUCAAGAAUGAAAUAACUUAAAAAAAAGAUGAUUAAUGAAACAACAUGAGUUAUAUGUAUAAAAGUAUGCAAUUUAUUUAAAAAAUAUUGUGCAUAUCUGGUUAUUAACCAGGAACAACUUCUUUGAAUUAUCUUUUGACUUAAUUGUGUUUUGUAAUAAUUUCUAUUAUAUUUUUUAAAUGAUUGCUAAUCCUUUAGUUAACGUCUAUUAAGUUGUUACAAAACAUUCAGUACGUUAAUUUAAUUCCAACAUUUGAAACAUUCGAAGAUAAAUGUGUUUAUUUAUCUGCUCUUGUUAUUUUUUACGAUUACGCUAUGAGUAUUUUAAAUACUAUCUUUUUAAAAAAUGUAUAAUUAAUUAGUUUAUAUAGUACGAUUAAUUAUUUACGCAUUGCGAAAAAUUAUUGCAACAAUCAGCCAUAAAUAAUAUAUAAAUGAUGAAUAAAAAUUUAUUUUUUUAAAUAGAUAUGUGAACUCUUAAUUUUUGUACUUUGAUGAGUAUAUAAGUUUAUGGAAAUAUUCAAAUGAUGAUUCUGUGACGAGUAAUAACAAAAAAAGGGAGAUGCAUAAGAUCAUGAAAUAUUCGUGGUAUGUAGAAGUGUAAAAUAAUAAAGCAGUAUUACAGUACAUUAA